UGAACCAUGUGUUGCAAGGUAAUAGGCGUCUACAAUCUCUAUACGUUGACCUCAACAAGGCAAAGGCGGACUCUGGGUGGUCUGGUUUUGGGUGCGGGAGAACGGAAAAGAUAGAAGCAUCAGCUUCUCGUCUCAUAAGAAGAGCUGGUUAUAGAAUUCUAUCUUUUCACCAAACUCGCAUUAUUUUUCUUUUAUGCAGAGAAAUCAUACACGUCGUACAUAUUCAAAAAUAGCCGUACCCAUUGAAAUCUUAAGAUCCAAGUUUGACCCGUUCUCACAUUUUUUUGCAUUGCUGGUGUGAUCCGUUUGAUUUUCAAGAAACUGUCAUGUCGGUUGCUGAUUCUGGGUUGCCCAACAGUUCUUUUGUUAAGGAACGUGAGAAGAUCAUCAUCGACACAGAUCCUGGAAUUGAUGAUGCUAUGGCAAUUCUAAUGGCAUUCCAGACAUCGCAUCUGGAGAUACUGGGAUUGACAACAGUUUUUGGUAAUGUUAAUACACAAGAUGCCACACGGAAUGCAUUACUUCUGCAUAGUGUGAGAUUGCAGGAUGUCCUGGUGUUCCAGUUGCAGAGGGUAGCCAUGAACCCCUGAAGACAGGAGAGCCACGUAUUGCAGACUUUGUACAUGGUUUAGAUGGAUUGGGAAACAUAAAUUUACCGCCUCCGAAGUCUAAGAAAAUUGAGAAAUCUGCACCUGAAUUUUUGGUUGAUAAAGUGUCUGAAUAUCCUGGUGAAGUGUCUAUACUCGCACUUGGACCUCUCACAAACUUGGCUUUGGCUGUCAAGAGGGACUCAUCCUUUGCCAGCAAGGUGAAGAGAGUGGUAAUUCUCGGCGGUGCAUUUUUUGCAUUGGGCAAUGUUAAUCCGGCUGCGGAAGCUAAUAUCUAUGGAGACCCAGAAGCUGCAGAUAUCGUGUUCACCUCUGGUGCAAAUAUUGAUGUUAUUGGCAUUAAUAUUACAACACAAGUCCAAUUGACAGAUUCUGAUCUUGAAAUGCUGAAGCAGUCAAAAGGAAGAUAUGCCCAGUUCAUAAGUGACACAUGCAAAUUCUAUCGGGAUUGGCAUGUCAAGUCUGAUGGUGUCUACGGAAUAUUCCUUCACGACCCUGUCAGUUUCGUGGCAUUGGUCCGACCUGAUCUCUUUUCAUUCAGGAAGGGGGUGGUGAGAGUGGAAACUCAGGGCAUAUGUACAGGACACACACUUAUGGACAUGGGGCUAAAAAAAUGGAACUCAAAUAACCCGUGGUCAGGCUAUUCCCCGGUUUCAGUGGCAUGGACAGUCGAAGUGGAUGAAGUUGUGAGUUAUAUUAAGAACAUGCUCAUGAAACCGUGAUUUCUUUUGCCCACAUCUGAGCAUUCCUGAGGUGCUGGCUGGACAAAGGAUUAUUUGCGCGAUUGAACUAAUCGCUCAUAUGUUACUGAGAAAACUGAUGUUGAUAUUAUGUGAUUCCGCAACGCCUUUUGUGGUGGUUUGGAUAAAAUAUAUUUGUCCUGAAAUCCUGGAUACAUAUGGUCUGUUUAAUGAUAUUCACUAUGACGCCUAUGAGUGCAAUUGCCAAUUCUUGGUUAUUUAUGCUUUCAAUGACAUCAAUACUGGUUCUUGGC